AUGAUUGCCUACAAACGAGUGGUCGACCAGGCCGGCGCCAGCUUCGCCGGUCACGUUGUCGAGUGGGUUGACAGGCGCAAGAACGAAGAAGCAGACACGCUAGCAAGACUCGGGUCCAAGCGACUCCAACCCCCUCCAGGCGUCUUCCUCGACAUCCUCAGCCACUACUCGGUGCGCGUACCUUGGGAGAUCGACAUCGCCGAGCCUCCCGCACCCGACUCCGCCCUAGUCGCACUCGCCUCCGAUACCAGCGACUGGACGGAACCAUACCUAAGCUACCUCGAACGCCAGGUACUGCCAAUGGACGAAACGGAGGCACGCGCGCUCGUACGAUGGUGCAAGUCUUUCACCAUUAUCAACAACGAGCUCUACAAGCGCAGCACCUCGGGAGUAUUCCAGCGGUGCGUCGGCGCCGACGAAGGACGCAAGAUCCUGCGCGAUAUCCACGCAGGAGACUGCGGCCACCACGCAGGCGCCCGCUCGAUCGUCGCCAAAGCCUUCCGGCAUGGCUUUUACUGGCCAACAGCCCACGAGGAUGCAAUCACCCUCGUUCGCGCGUGCGCCGGAUGCCAGAAGUACGCAAGUCAAUCGCACAUGCCGGGCUCGGCUCUGAAGACCAUACCCCUCACUUGGCCGUUCGCUGUCUGGGGCCUGGACAUGGUGGGAAAGUUCAAAACAGCCCCCGGCGGCAUCAUAACCGACAACGGCACAAAUUUCGCCAAAGGGGAGAUGGCCGACCUCUGUGAAGACAAAGACAUCCGACUCGACCUCGCGUCAGUCGCGCACCCCGAGUCGAAUGGGCAGGCGGAAAGAGCGAACCAGAGCAUCCUCCAUGGAAUCAAACCACGACUGAUGGUGCCCCUGGAGCGCGCAGCUGGAUGCUGGGCAGAAGAACUCCCCUCCGUGCUAUGGGGCAUUCGCACAACGCCAAACAGGUCGACCGGCUUCACGCCUUUCUUCCUAGUGUACGGCGCCGAAGCAGUCAUGCCCACGGACAUUGCUUGCGACUCGCCACGGGUCACCAACUACGCCGAAGAGGAAAAUGAACGCGCUCGCCAAGAUGACAUCGACCUCCUCGACGAGGCCAGGGACCUCGCACUCUCUAGAACAGCCAUCUAUCAGCAAGGCCUCCGCCGCUACCACAGUCGCCGCGUCCGCGGUCGCUCCUUCCAAGUAGGCGAUCUCGUCCUCCGGCUAAUCCAAGACAAGAAAGGCAUGCACAAGCUCUCCCCUCCAUGGUAA